GCUGUGGGUGGGUGCUGGUGGCCGUGGGCAGCGGGAAUGGGGCGCUGGUGGCCGUAGGGAAUGGGAGCCGUGGCCGUGGGAGGCGGUGACGGCCGUGGGCAAUGGGAGCCGUGGUGCCGGUGGCCGUGGGGGAGCUCGGGGUCUCGCCCCGCCGUGACGGUCCGUGUCCCCGUAGGGCUGUGGGUCCGCAACGGGACGGGGCUGAUCCGCAGGGAGGGCCAGCAGCUCUACUGGACCUUCGUGGCCCCCCAGCUGGGCUACUGGGCAGCGGCAGUGCCCUCUCCCGGCCCAGGGCUGGUGGCCGUGGCUGCGGGCAUGAAGGACAUCACGGCGUACCACACCAUCUUCCUGCUCACCAUCCUGGGCGCGCUGGCCCUGCUCGUGCUCACCCUGCUCUGCCUCCUCAUCUACUACUGCAGGUCAGCGCCGGCCUCCCCACGCUGCCCAUGGGGUCCUGCAGCCGGCCGUGGGGUCACGGUGUGCUUGGCACCCAUGGGUGGCCGAUAGUUGGUUACGGGGCCCACCACCUGCUUGGCACCCACGGACAUCCCAUAGCUGGUUGUGGGUUCCACACCUCCUGGCGCUCACAGACAUCCCAUAACUUGCCAUGAGGCCACCAACCCUGUCUGUCCUACAGUUGACUAUGGGGCCACACCACCCCCAGGUGCCCUGUAGCUGGCCACGGGGACCACCAACCCUGAGCAUCCUAUGGUUGGCUAUGGGGCCACCAGCCACGUGUGCCCUACAGCUGACUAUGGGGUCUACUAACCCCAGAUGUCCUGUACCUGGCUGUGGGACCACCAGGCCUUGGUGCACCACAGUGGACCGUGGGGCCACCAAAGCUGAAUGCCCUAUGGUUGGCUAUGGGGCCACCAGCUGUGGGUGCCC